AUGACCAAGAUACCGGCCACCAAGAAGAUUCAGAGUUCCUCCAACUUGGGUGGCCUCUGGCCGUUUUUUGCCUCAGACCAUCUAACACCGCUACACGACGGCUCAGAGGCUCCCCAGGCUCCAGAGGAAGACCUGAAGCAGAAGGAGGAGCUGCAGAUGCUGGAGUUGGGGCACUGCCAGAGUGCACAGGAGCCGUCCCCACCGCAGCAACUGAAGGUGGAGGUGGCCCCGGAGCACACAGUCCAAGACAAGCCAAUGAAGAGCCUCAAGUAUAUGGACCGAGAAAUUAUAAACCUCAAAAAAGACCUUGUACGAAGCCGCUUCUUGAUUCACUCUGUGAAGAUAGGCAGGAGCUAUUUUACCAUGCUGAGGGAGGAGAGUGCAAUGAAAAAGAAGCAACAACAACUUCAGAAACUGCAAGAGGAAGAAAAGCAUAAAUUCACACCAGCCAAAAAGAUCUCGGAAGUCCAGUACGGGGACAUUCUUUUGACCACAUACGAUGAUGAUAAGACCAAGAAGAUGGGUGCUGGAGUCAUCCUUCGCCCAUUCACCCCCGUGCACAGCUGCAUCAUUUCGUCCUCACUGCCUGUGGCUCACGUGGAACCCCUCUUCCGCCAGCUCUGUGCCCUCCACUGGCUCCUGGAGGCCUUGACUAUUGACCACACCCACCACACCAUGAAGCCUGUGAUCACCUGCUGGAAUCCAAAGGACCCAGGUGGAAGCAAGAACACGAUUAGGAAAAUCACUAAGGACAAGUCCAUGGGACAGAGGUGGGAGCACUUUGUCACAGCACCAAAGACCAAGAAAUUCAAAAUUCCCGGACUACGUCCCACUGCCCGCAAACCGAGCCGGCGAGGCUCCACACUCAGUCUGUCUCGGACCAGCGGGGGGUCGUCCCCCCAGAGCAGCAUGGUCUCUGUGAACCCCGGCUCAGAUGAGCCCCCGAGUGUGACCACCCAGGCCACGUGCAGCAAGGACGUUGAGGACAAUGAAUCAUCUUCAACCAAGCAGGAGGAAGAACCUCUCCAUAUCAAUCUGCAGAAGCUCCUGGAGAUGGUGCGGGAAGAUGCCCGGAGAACGAUCGCAAUGGAAAAUGGGACGCAAAGAAAAGCGCCCAGCAUCUUGUCAAUGCUCAGACAAAACAAGAGCGAUUCUGCCUACAAGGACAUGCAGACCACCCACAAGUCAAGUGACAGAUCCAGCAGUACAAGUGGAGAGAGCCACAUUCAGCCAGUCCAAAAGAAGUCUAAAAGCCGCACCAACCGUGACAUCAUCCACUCUAAGAGUGGGGUUUGUAACGCCAUGAGGGCCAAGUUUUACAGCGUGGCCCAGGAGGCUGGCUUCUGUCUGCAGGACAAGAUGGAAAUCCUCAUGAAGCGCCAAGAAGAGAGAGGUCUCCAGAAGUUCCAUUCUUUCAGCCUUGUCUCAAAUUUUCAAAAGGAUACAGCAAAAAUGAGACAUCAAGUCCCCGUGGUAAAAGGAGACGCAGAAGAAAUUGCAGACCACUGGUACUUUGAUCUGCUGUCCAAACUCCCUGAGGAUCUGAAGAAUUUCCGCCCCGCCAAAAAGAUCCUGGCAAAACUACAGAAAUUUGGGGAAAACCUGGACCUGAGGAUCCGGCCCCACGUCCUCCUGAAGGUCCUGCAGGAUCUGAGAAUCUGGGAACUGUGCUCUCCAGACAUUGCUGUGGCCAUUGAGUUUGUGCGAGAACACAUCAUCCAUAUGCCCCAAGAGGAUUAUAUCAACUGGCUGCAGAACCGGAUCAACAUCCCCAUCCGGCCCCACAGUGCCCAGGUGUAGUCUAGGUCUGAGUCGAUCAGCUACGCCAGUGGAGGAGGGUUAGUCUACACUGUGUUUCUGCCUCCCGCCUCUGUUUCUGCUUCCUGCCUACUCUCAUGGAUACUCACUACGAUAUAGUAGAAUCAUCUGGAGACUGACUUCUGGCAACAAUCUAGAGGGAGAUACUCCCAAAUGGAAACUCCCCUCACCCUCACACCCCAGCCCCAACCUCCCAGUCUCUCUUCCUCAUUGGUCCAG